CAACACCUACGCACUACACAACUCAUUGCUUAUCGUAUCUUUCUUACUCUACUAAUCCCAUCUUCCAUGGCGUUCUUUACAACUUGUUUAUCCUUCUUCCUCUUAAUCACCCUCUUAUUUUCAUUGCAAAUCCAUGCCAAAGACAACCAAUUCUUCAACAAAGAGACAAAAGUAGUAACUCCAAACAAUGAUCAAGAACCAAAUUUCAUGCCUGAAAAUGGUAAUGGCUAUGGUGUUUAUGGUCCUGAUCAGUCAGGUCAAUUACUUCCACCAACCACCAGUAACCUUAUUCCUAACAACAAGUAUCUUCCCAAUAAUUUCAACCACAAUGGUGGCAGGGGCGUCUCAAAGGCCACCAAUUCUAUUGGACCAUCCAGUGGCGGCAAGUACUACAGUAGAUAUAAGCGAAGUGAGGAACAUAGGACUUUUCGGAAUUAUCAUGGCAAUGAAGGUGAUUACAACGAUAAAGAGGAGCCCAAGCCUUAGUUUCCAAAAAGAAAAAGGAGCUCAGAUCUUGAGUUAAGAGAUCAACAUGA